AUGCCGCCGAGGAAGCGCAAAGCCUCGUCAACUUCCAGCACUCCGGCCAAGAAAGUCCGCAUCGUCGGCACUUCUGACACUCCUGACCAAGCUGCGGUCUCACCCGCUGGUCGCCCCAAGCGGACCUCUGUCAGUGAGCCAAAGUACAAUUUCACCAGACGCCGCUCAUCUGGCGCUCAGAAUGCAGUCUCGGCCGGCGCAAACAGUGAUCCCGUGAUGAAGAAGCGUGGAAGGCCACCCAAGGCUGCUGCUGCUGCUACCGCUUCGACCGCGACCAACCAUGCUGUCAAACAAAAGAUGGCGAAACUUAUUCCGAAGAGAGCUUCGACUUCGUCUAAACCCGUCACUUCAUCCGCCCAGAAAGAGCGUGCAGCGACCCGAAAGUCCAAUACGAAAUCCCCUGCUAAGACGACGGCCGGCAGGCGUGGUAAAAAGCCGAAGGUCCAAUCCGAGACUAGCAAAGCAUCGUCCGAGCCCAAGUCUGAGUCUGAGGAUGGCGCGACUUCGGAUGGAAAUGCGCCUACAGCGAUCAAUGGCGACAGAACAAAGUCGGCAGAGAUGGCUGCUGUCGACCAUGACAUACAAUACUGGCUGAUGAAGGCUGAACCAGAGUCGCGAAUGGAAAAAGGUCACGAUGUCAAAUUCUCUAUCGAUGAUCUGGCUGCUAAGACGGAACCCGAGGGGUGGGAUGGUGUUCGCAAUGCAGUCGCCCGCAACAAUAUGCGAGCGAUGCGCAAGGGUGACUUGGCGUUCUUCUAUCACUCUAACUGUGCCAUCCCGGGCAUUGCUGGCGUCAUGCGGAUCGUUGGUGAACAUACCGUUGACGAAUCAGCGUUUGACCCAUCGCAUCCAUACUUUGACCCGAAGUCCGACCGCGCAAAGCCCAAGUGGGAACUUGUCCAGGUCGAAUUUGUCAAGAAAUUUGCGAACCUCAUCACCCUCAGGGAGCUCAAGUCGUUCUCGAAGCCUGGUGGCGCUUUGGAGAAUAUGCAGACGCUUAAGCAGAGUCGACUCAGCGUCUCGGCCGUCUCCCCCGAGGAGUGGAGAUUCAUUCUUGAUCUGGCCGGAGAGCCAAUCUUUUUGGGACAUGGAGAUAUCAUGGGCGGUUACGAAUCGGAAGUCGAUGGUGAAGGCGAGGAGACGGCGGGCGCCAGCGACGGCGAUGGACUCAACGCUUCUUCCGAUAGAGUGGUCGAAGGAGCUCCCGGCCUAGGAAUCACAGACGCAGUCGAAGUCGGAAAGUCGGUGCAAAACCACUCCUAG